AAAGCAAAAGAAAAACUGGGGGACGGUUGUGGGUGCGUUCGGCUGUUCGAUUGUUUUCGGUUGCGCUUAAUAAACCUCGUAAAAAAGACCGCAAAUGCUCCUCGACUUGUAACUUGAGCGGUUUUUUGACAAAAAAAAAAAUAAGCGUUUAAUAAAACGGAAAACCACGCGUGAGUGAAGGACGCUGUGUUGUUUAACACCCGUGGAAAUAUAAAUAAGGAAGAGGAAAGAAGAAGAACGGUCAGAGUGUUUUCCUUGUGAAGUGAGAAAGAGAAUAAUAAACGAAAAGAGAAGCAUCAGAAACCGUUAUCAGCGACCGGCUAUAAUCAUGUUGAUCUCGUGCAAAUGCUCGAAUUUAGUUGCUUCGACAUCGAAGUGGCAGCGCAGCCACAGCAGCGGAGGGGGUGGGGUGGGCGUUACUCCCGGUGCAAGCGGUACGCCAGUUGGCGAAGUCCCCAUCCCGAUCCUUCUGUCGCAGGUGUUCCAGCAGAAGUAUCCCCGGGACUUUAUCUUUUACUCCCUGUUCAUGGACUUCUUGAAGCACGCCUACGGACCCAUUCCAGACUUAACCGUGGCGGCGAUCAACCAGCCGGAGCUGCUCUAUGGCCUCACCCUGGACGCCGCCGGCCAGAGUUGGCAGCUCAGCCUGUGCAUCAACUGCAAGGAGGUGCUCUGCGCCAAGCGGUUGACCUCGGGGGCGGGAGCCACCCCCACGUUCUACCUCAUCAACAGCACACUGCUGACCAGCAGCGAGGAGCUGGCCCAGCGGAAGUCGAAUAAGUUCUAUUCGGAGACCUUCGAGCUGCUGAUCAUGGAUCAAGCGGGCAACAGUGACUCAGCCGGACCCACCGGUGGCAUAGCCAACUCCGCCUCGAGUCUGAGCAUUGGUUCGCUGACUGCGAAUCCCACGGAUGCCAAGGCCCAGAGGCUGAGGAUGGUCCAGGCGCAUCAGCAGGCGCGGUUGCAGGAGGAGAUUGCGGACACAAACGAGCGAAUCGAGCGGUACACGCGCAACCAGUUCCAGUUGCUGAACAGCUUCCGGGAGAAGUCGGAUCAGGAUUGUGCGCUGCUCUGCCGAGUGAUACGUGCGCUGCCCGAGCAGGCCUCGGAGUUCCUGGAUCGUGCCAUGCCCCCCGCCCUGGAUGUGGCGGCCAAUCAGCCGCAGAGUGCCACUGCCCGGCGCAGGAACACCAUCAGCAGUCGGCGGGAGUUGAACGGUGGCCCGACCACGCCCACCACCACGCUGAACCAUCCGCCCAGCUUCCUCACGCUCAACCAGCAGCCGCAGCAACAGUUGCAAGCGGCACAGCAGCAGCAGCAGCAACAUCAACAGCAGCCGCCGCAGAGUGUCUCGGUGGCCAGGAAGAUGUCGCACUUUGACACACCGCCCGCCACCCCAGAAGCCACGCCCAUGAGCGUGGGCAACAGUCCCACCUUCCGGCAGCAAUCGGCAGCCGGUGGUGCUGGUACACCCAGCCAGAUGUUGACCACCAACGGAGUGGGCCAGUCCAGUGCCGCCGACGAUGCGGAUGACUGUCUGUUCGAUCUUGAGGAUGUGGAUGCACCGGCGCCGCUGCCGACGAUUCAGUCCGUUCCCAUUCCCAGUUACCCACGCAGCUUGAUCUACCAGCAGGAGCACAACCACAAUCCGUUCCAGCAGCUGAGCCAGCAGAACGGACUGGGAAGCAUCCUGGACGACGAUGCUGCCGACGAAGCGGAGGAUGCUCUCGACCCGGACAGCUCCAUUUCCAUACCAGUGCGAGCAGGACGUCCCAACCAGGCGCAAUUGAUGAACUUUGCCAGGAGUUUGCCCAUCGAGAUAGCCAACACCACGUUGGCCGAGAGAGCUGUCGUGGCCAACAAUAACAAUUUUGCGCAUGGCUGCGAGGAGGGAAUGGACAACAUCGACAUUGCGGCCAGCAUCCAGGCGCUGACCAAAAGCGUCCAUGGCGAGGCUGUGUUCGGGGAUUUGCCACGCCCCCGCCUGCGAUCCCAGAUCGAGGGCUAGCCAAGCGGGCUGGGAGUUUGGAGUCACCACUACGUACACAUAAAUUUAUCAGCUCGUAAUCCGCAUACUUUGUUUGCAUAUAGCCUAGCCGCCUUGAAGAUUGUUUUCGCUAAUCUUAACUAAAUUAGUUGCUCAACGAAACAAGGAGACACGAAGCGCCUUCCACAGACACCCAAAACUCACCCACAUUGAACCACAUACGCACCACCUACCAACUACCACGUACCAACUAAGCAGACAGUUUGCAAUUUCUUUAAUUAUACCAUCUAUAUAAGUUUUCUUUGAUUUUUUCGGAUGAUCUUCGAUUGGAAAUGUGUAUUUUCUUCGUACGACGAGUGUACGGCUGUCGUUGGCUGUUGCACAUUGAGUUAACUAACUGAUACUGAUACUGAUGAUGUUGUUAGUUUAUACAAUGAAUAAUCUAGUAUACAGAUACAUUAUAUAUAUUAUACGAUACAUAAAGAAUGCCAUCAGCUCCAACUGUGAGGCAGGCAAGACGCACCAAAAAGCGUCCAAUUUAA